ACCCUCCCCCACAAAACACCUCGUCGACCGCAGCCCCAUCUUCCACACGCGCCCAUCCGCUGUCUGCUGCUGUCGCAUCGCAUUGAGGCGUCAUGUCGGUCAAAUUCGAGAAGGAGACGACAACCAAGACGACGGCCGCCGUUGCCGACGCUGCGAGCAAAGUAAAGGAUGGCGACAUCAUGCACGAGCUCGGCCAGGCCCUCACCAAAGGCGGCGGUCCCAAUGGCUAUCUCGCUGCCUACCUCAAGCAGCUGCAGAGCAACCCAUUGCGCACCAAGAUGCUGACAUCGGGUACCCUCUCUGGUCUCCAAGAGUUCCUCGCAUCGUGGAUCGCCCAUGACAGGAGCAAGUCGGGCCACUACUUCACCUCGCGUGUUCCCAAGAUGGCCAUCUACGGUGCUUUGAUCAGCGCGCCCCUUGGACACGUCUUGAUUAGUGCUCUCCAGAAGGUCUUCCAGGGGCGCAAGAGCUUGAAGGCCAAGAUCCUGCAGAUUCUCUUCAGCAACUUGAUCAUCUCACCCAUCCAGAACAGCGUUUACCUCGUCUCCAUGGCCCUCAUCGCGGGCGCUCGCACCUUCCACCAAGUCAAGGCGACCGUCAGGGCCGGUUUCUGGCCUGUCAUGAAGGUCAGCUGGAUCGUCUCGCCCAUCUCGCUGGCAUUCGCCCAGCAGUUCCUGCCCGAGACCACCUGGGUGCCCUUCUUCAACAUUGUCGGUUUCAUCAUUGGCACCUACAUCAAUGCGCACACCAAGAAGAAGAGGUUAGCCGCUCUCAGGCGAAAGCACUACGGCGACGGCAGCGGAAGGAGUGUGGGUCCUGGUUCGCGCCCUGGCUCGCGCCCUGGUUCGCGUCCUGGCUCCGUCAGCGGAAGGCCUGUCGACGAGUACGGUCGUCCCGACGACCGCCCACGCUACUAAAUGUCAGGGCUGGUAAUGACAGCGCGAUAGUCCGGAUUCCUGUUCGCUGUUAUAUACCGAUCAGCCGUGGCAACCCCAGCGGCUAAGAAUGAGGCAUCACCCGUCUUUGUUCAUGUGUUACGACAAACUCGGGGAACGAUAUUCGGCUACCAGUCAGGCGCUUCACCAUCUAGUGCGCUUUCAUUUUCGCUCCCCUUUACGUGCUCUGUAUAUCCCAUCUGUUUUCCUGCUCGAUCAUUGGAGCCGCGACUGGCGUUCGUUGCGCUCUUCGCUAAAUAAAUACUACUAUUUUCACCUAGCUUUCGAUCCGUGUCACCUCCAUCAUGUCGUCCUCGCGUCUAAUCCCCACAAGGCAUGUCUCCGUUAGUACUGACACUUGUUAGGCAGAGUGAGAAGCGGCGCUGAAAGCCGUCCACCUACCAGC